UCCACCCUGAGAUUCGCAUUCGAGAAUUCAUUAUUCGGUGCGCAUCACCGCCCCAUCGCCCAUCAUGCGACAUUCACAUCCUCACCAGAUCGAUUUACUCAUCCGCUGGAGCUAGGCUCGCAUCUGAUCAUCAUGGCGGAAGAAGACAAUUUUGACACGGCGGCCAUGUUCGAAGACCCCGAGGGCUUCUAUGAACCCGAGCCCGAGCCCACCUUUGCAGAGCAUCACAUGCUCUCCGGCCAGAAAGUGCGCGUGCGCCUCGUUGGUAGCCAUCCUCUCUAUGGAAACCUCCUCUGGAACGCCGGCCGAACCAGCUCCCACUACAUCGAGGAACGCGCCAGCACACUAAUUGAGGGGAAGGAUGUCCUCGAAAUCGGUGCCGCCGCCGGUGUCCCGAGUAUCGUCAGCGCCAUUCUGGGCGCCCGCACCACUGUGAUGACCGACUACCCGGACCUGGAUCUUGUCCAAAACAUGCGCUACAAUGCCUCGUUGGCUGAGCCUCAGAUCGCGAACCCUGGCUCCCUCCACGUUGAUGGAUAUAAAUGGGGAAACCCGGUAGAGCCGCUGCUUGCGUGCCUGCCCGCUGGUGCGACGGGCUUUGAUGUGCUUAUCAUGGCAGAUGUGGUGUACAGUCAUCGCGAGCAUCCCAAUCUGAUCAAGACGAUGCGGGAGACCCUGAAGCGGACCAAGGAGGCCGUCGCGUUGGUGAUCUUCACGCCAUAUGAGCCAUGGCUGUUGCCCAAGACGGAGAAGUUUUUCCCGCUGGCGGAGGAGAAUGGCUUCCAGGUAACUAAGAUAUUUGAGAAGCUUAUGGAUGAGGUGUUGUUCGAGAAUGACCCAGGUGAUGAACGUUUGAGAAGGACGGUCUUUGGAUAUGAACUUCGCUGGUCAGAGGAGGAGCUGAAAUAGCAUAACUGGCGUUGGAGGAAAUGGAUGAGUUUAUGAGUCAUGACUCGCUUUGAGACGUGUAGACAAAUAGAUACGCCUACAAUAAAAGUUGAUUAUAUUAGCGAU